UUCCUUCGUUACCGCUGCGGGCACCAUGGGCAGUGAGCAGAGCUCCGAGGCCGAGAGCCGACCCAACGAUCUGAACUCCUCAGUGACCCCUUCUCCAGCUAAGCAUAGAGCCAAGAUGGAUGAUAUUGUGGUUGUAGCGCAGGGCUCCCAGGCCUCACGUAACGUCAGCAACGAUCCUGAUGUCAUCAAGUUGCAAGAGAUUCCAACCUUCCAGCCGCUUUUGAAAGGGCUGUUGAGUGGCCAGACUUCCCCAACAAAUACCAAACUGGAGAAAUUGGAUUCUCAGCAGGUCUUGCAGCUCUGCCUCCGAUAUCAGGAUCACCUGCAUCAGUGUGCAGAGGCCGUUGCUUUUGAUCAGAAUGCUUUGGUUAAAAGAAUCAAAGAGAUGGAUCUGUCUGUAGAAACCCUCUUUAGCUUCAUGCAGGAGCGCCAGAAAAGAUACGCCAAAUACGCGGAGCAGAUCCAGAAAGUCAAUGAGAUGUCUGCCAUCCUCCGCCGCAUUCAGAUGGGCAUCGACCAGACUGUGCCCCUGAUGGAAAGGCUCAACAGCAUGCUGCCCGAGAGCGAGAGGCUGGAGCCCUUUAGCAUGAAACCAGACCGAGAGCUCAAACUCUAGAGCCGCUUCUCCCGUCCUGCCAGGCCCGUGUUUUGUGGGACAGAGCCUGGCACCAUCACCAAUACCCUGAGGAUAUUUGGAACCAA